UCACCAAUAGGGGAAACUAAAAAACAAAGUGAAAACCUUCCUCUAGUAACUCGUCUUCAACCUCUCAAUCAUUCUCUUUCUUUAGGGUUCUCCUGAUUAUCAACCCCAAAAGAUAAUCAUCUAUGGACGAUCCUACGAUAAGCAAUCAACGUAGCCAAUCAGCUUCAUCAUCAACUCCUCGUCUCAACCUCCUGUUGAGAAUGUCCGACUCUUCCCUCCAUCUCGAAAACCUUCCGUCUCGGGUAAUGCACAUCAACCGUAUGAUCAACUCCAACUACAACCGCUCUCCGUCGCGCACAAUUUACUCCGAUAGGUUCAUUCCCAGCAGAUCCGGAUCCAAUUUCGCCCUAUUCGACAUCUCAAAUUCUCCCACAUCGGCCGAAGGAAAAGAAGACGGUUCCGGUACUUAUAACAGUCUUUUACGCGCCGCGCUUUUUGGGCCCGAAACGCCCGACAAGAAGGAUUCAUCGGGCCUUCCAGCUUGCCGGAACAUUUUCCGGUACAAGACUGAAACUAAACGCUCAUUACACUCGCUUUCGCCUUUCGGCCUCGAGGAGUCGAUCCCCGGGAUCAUCCAUAGCCCCGUUAAAGCUCCCAGGAAGGUUCCGAGAUCACCUUACAAGGUUUUGGAUGCACCUGCAUUGCAGGAUGAUUUUUAUUUGAAUUUGGUGGAUUGGUCUUCAAACAAUGUGUUGGCCGUGGGGUUGGGGAAUUGUGUUUAUUUGUGGAAUGCUUGUAGUAGUAAGGUUACGAAGUUGUGUGAUUUGGGGAUCGAUGAUAGUGUUUGUUCUGUUGGUUGGGCUCAACGUGGAACUCAUCUUGCAGUUGGAACUAGCAAUGGGAAAGUUCAGAUUUGGGAUGCAUCUCGCUGCCGGAGGGUAAGAACAAUGGAGGGGCAUCGAUUACGUGUUGGGGCCUUAGCUUGGAGCUCUUCACUAUUAUCUUCUGGUAGUCGUGACAAGAGCAUUCUUCAAAGAGAUAUACGUGCUCAGGAUGAUUUUGUUAGUAAACUCUCUGGACACAAGUCAGAGGUUUGUGGACUGAAGUGGUCUUAUGAUAAUCGCGAACUAGCAUCAGGUGGAAAUGACAACAAACUUUUUGUUUGGAAUCAACAUUCCACUCAACCUGUAUUGAAAUACUGUGAGCAUACCGCUGCUGUGAAAGCAAUUGCAUGGUCUCCCCAUCUUCAUGGGCUUCUUGCAUCUGGAGGUGGUACGGCUGAUCGAUGUAUUCGAUUCUGGAAUACAACCACUAACACACACUUGAGCUGCAUGGACACUGGCAGUCAGGUAUGCAAUCUUGUGUGGUCAAAGAAUGUCAAUGAACUCGUCAGCACUCAUGGAUACUCUCAAAACCAGAUAAUUGUCUGGAGAUACCCUACCAUGUCAAAGUUGGCUACUCUUACGGGCCACACAUAUAGAGUUCUCUAUCUUGCAAUCUCGCCUGAUGGACAGACGAUAGUUACUGGGGCUGGAGAUGAGACCCUAAGGUUUUGGAAUGUGUUCCCUUCCCCUAAAUCUCAGAACACUGAUAGCGAAAUAGGAGCAUCAUCUUUUGGAAGAACCACAAUUCGGUAAGUUCAUCAAGAAAAUAUGCUAUAAGCAUUUUCGAGCUCUGAAUUAUCAGACGUUGUCAAGAAAAUUAUGCUGUGAGCAUUUCUCGUGCUUGGAAUUAUCAAAUUUGUCGCGGGCACCACCCCACGAAGUAGUCAAAAAAUUUGCAGCAGGUGCAAGAACUAAUUUAUUUCUAGUUUCUUGCAAAUCAUUGAUUUUGAAUAUCAAUUUUCUUUUCUUCUGAAUAGAUUUGAUUGAUGUAUAGUGGGAGGUGCUAUCAAUUGUUCCUAGCACCGCCCUUGCAUUGUAAAUUAAACAAGUCGGAGAGGUUGUUGAAGAACUCGAAACUUAUUGUAGCGCGGUACUUUUUUGAGUCUGUAAAUAAAUUCUUGCUUGUUUUUCCGAACACA